GCCACAGCAGAGUCUGUUGUGCACGGGAGUCAAAUGCAGAAGGAGCAAGUGAACACGCACUCCACAGACAAGCAUAAGAAAAAGAAAUCAAAAGAAAAGCGACCGAACAUUUUCGAAAGCCGACUUUUUACCUGUAGUUUUUGUCUUUUUAAAUGAUCUACAUAAUAACAUAUUUAUAGUUUUCAUCUUUACAUUAGUUUGUCUAAACAGCGAUAUAUUUUUGCGACGAGAAUAAGACAACUCCACUUCUAACAACAGUCUUUGGCGUGCGAGCUACGUGAGCUGAGCAGAACAAAACAUAAAAACAAAUAUGUUACCUCUGCACUAAAUUUAAUCCACAUAAGGCAGUCGCGCUUAUUUUUCAUAUCUUUUUGUAAUUUUAUUUUCUGACUUGGCAUUUUCUGCUUGUUGACUCGAGGUGGGAGAGAUAUCGGAAAUACAACGACACCUGACCCUCCACAACGCGCGAAGACAAGACGCCCUAAUAGCAGCAUCGAGACAGGUAGCUGUAAGGUAAUUUCCCUGAGUUUUCCGUUGUUGAGUUCCGUUGUUAACACCGGCUUAGUAAUUCUUUGUUGCAGAAUUUAGUUUAUUAUCUGUUAACUUUUAAACUGCUCGUGUCCAUUCGUUUUUUACACCGUUUUCAAUUAUUUUUUUUUAAAGCAUCAAGAUCUUUUAAAUGAUCGUGUGAAUUCGUGUUGGUCAGCACACAUUGAAUGAGGCUGAUGUCCCGUAUUUAUCUCUGGUGCUGUUGUUGCCCCCAGGCUUCGUUAUAAUUAGUUUGAUCGAGUGAGGGAUUAGCUCCUCAGCGCACACGUCUCUAUGACUAACAUGGCUAUUUCCAGAACGGACUAUCUCGGGGAAUUGCGAUGCGGUUCUCUGCCCUGAGCGAGCAAGGGCCACGGGCGCAGUCGCUACCCCAAAUGCUCCCUUCUCCAGCGUGGCUCGCAGUUCUCGACAGGGCUCCAGCAUGAGCACGGAUCUAGAGCGCCUGUCGCUCAACUCGUCCUCUGCCAACUCCGUGGGCUCCGGCGGCCGAUCGCUGUCGGCCAACGUGAAGAAGCUGCACAACGCGCUCAACCUUCUGCUCAACGACUUCGAGCGGGAGCAGUUCAUCCACUGCCUUAAUGUCUACCACUCCAAGCGCAACGUGUACGACCUGGUUCAGACUCUCAAAGUCAUCCUCAACGCGCCCAGCAAACGCCAGCUACUCCCGAUGCUGCGCCUGGUUAUUCCGCGCUCGGACCAGCUACUGUUCGACCAGUACACCUCGGAGGGCCUCUAUUUAAAGUCGGAUCUUUUGGCGAGCAACGGCAAUCCAGAAAACCUCGGGGAAAUCACCAACGCAAACCUCACCCCAAUUGCUGGCGGUCACCACUCGGCACCGCCGGCGCAGUCCCAUCACGCACACGGGGGGCUGAGAGCGUCUCCGGAUAGUUUCAGCACCAGUAGCGAGGGAACAGCUCCUCUCGUGCCGCUACUGGGAAGAGGAUUCUUGCAGGAAGUUCCCGGGGAAAUCCGACAAGUGUCUCUGAAACGCAACAAGAGCCACGAGGGUUUGGGUUUCAGCAUUCGCGGCGGCUCGGAGCACGGAGUCGGGAUCUAUGUGUCGUUGGUGGAGCCCGGGUCCUUGGCGGAGAAGGAGGGUCUGAGGGUUGGAGAUCAGAUCCUGAAAGUCAACGAUAAAGUAUUCGACAGGGUGACACACGCAGAAGCAGUGAAGGUGCUGAAAGGCAGUAAGAAGCUGUCCCUGUCGGUGCGGUCCGUGGGGCGGAUCCCCGGGGGCUAUGUGACCAAUCACGUGUACACGUGGGUGGACCCGCAGGGGCGCAGCGUGUCCCCGCCUCCCGACCUGCCGGAGCACCGCAGCGCCACCCUGCGCCGGGCCGACGCCCAGAGGCGGAGCCACCUGCAGCUGCUGCAGGAGGGCGACGAGAAGAAGGUGAACCUGGUCCUGGACGAUGGCCGAUCUCUGGGGCUGAUGAUCAGAGGCGGGGCUGAGUACUCCCUGGGCAUCUACAUCACCGGGGUGGACCGGGGCUCUGCGGCAGAGUGCGGAGGGCUGAAGGUGGGGGACCAGAUCCUGGAGGUAAACGGGCGGAGCUUCCUGGGCAUCCCGCACGACGAGGCUGUGCGCGUGCUCAAGUCCUCGCGCCACCUGAUGAUGACGGUGAAGGACGUGGGCCGGCUGCCGCACGCGCGCACCGUCGUGGGGGAGACCAAGUGGAUCACCAGCUCCCAGAUCGCAGAGAGCUCGGCCAGCAGCAGCGUGGCGGGGCUGCCUUUGGACCAGGGGGCCUCGGCAUCGGGGAAGCCAGUGUUCUAUAAGGGCGUGGCCGGCUCGCAGGUGACCCUUUCCAGUCUGGUGACCCCGCCCCGGGCCCUGCUGGAGGAGCAGGCGCGCCACCUGCUGACGGAAGCGGAGCGGCAGACCAUGGGCUACUACCUGGAGGAGUACAGGGACGGCCAUAUUGGGGUGGAGUCUCUGGUCAUGGCGCUGUUCGAGCUGCUGAAUACCCACGCCAAGUUUUCCCUGCUGUCCGAGGUGCGGGCCCUGGUGGCCCCCCAGGAUCUGGAGCGCUUCGAUGGGCUGGCGCUGCGCCGCGAGAUCCAGGCUCUGAAGGCCCGGCAGGGGGGCGUGGCCGCCGCCCUGCCCCACAACCACGACUCCUUCUCCGUGGUCUCCUACCCCGACACCCUCACCUCCUCCGCCAGCUACCUGACCUCCACCACCCUCAGCUCCGCGCGGAAUGAGAGCACGUUGGAUGGAAGCUGUGAAGAUCCACAAGAGGCACUGGAUGGCCUGCCUGACAUCUCUUUGGAUGAAAUGAACUCCGUGGCAGGCAACCCUCCCCCCUUUAAGCCCCCACCCCCACCCGGGGUCCAGAGACGCCCCAGCCGGCGGGACCCCCCCAGACCAAAAAGGCCACCCUCUGCGUCAUCCCAGGGCGGGCUGCACUUCACCGCCCCCUCCGGCCCGCCUCCCACGACCUCCGACCCCCCCAAACGGGAGGCGGUGACCGCCCAGCUCUCCCUAGUGAACCAGCAUCCCAUUGGCCCGUUCCCCCGGGUGCAGUCCCCGAGCCGGGCCAAAGCAGCCCCGCCCCCUCCUCCCUCUGUCCCCGCCCCCAUCCCCGCGGCCCCGCCCCCAAGCCCUGAAAAGCUCCCGCCCCCUUCCUCCAGCACCAAUCAGCACUUUGUGAUGGUGGAGGUGCACAGGCCCAAUGCUGAACCUGACGUCAACGAAGUUCGACCACUGCCGCAAGCCAGAGGCGCCACUCUCUCCCAGCUGUCGGACAGCGGGCAGACCCUGAGCGAGGACAGCGGGGUGGACAUCACGGAGUCGGGCAGGCUGAGCAAGGACAACAGCCCCCGUCCCGCCCGGACACGCCCCUCGCGGGAGGGGCAGGGAGGGGAGGGCCUCUCCAAACCGCCGGGUUUGUUGGAGCCUACCUCCACCCUGGUGCGUGUGGCCAAGAGCGCCAGUACCCUGGGCAUCGCCAUCGAGGGCGGGGCCAACACCCGGCAGCCCCUCCCACGCAUCGUCACCAUACAGCGAGGUGGCUCCGCCCACAACUGCGGGCAGCUGAAGGUGGGUCAGGUGAUCCUGGAGGUGAACGGCGUGCCGCUGCGGGGGCGGGAGCACCGGGACGCCGCGCAGCUCAUCGCCGAGGCCUUCAAGACCAAAGAGCGCGACCACGUCGACUUCCUGGUCACCGAGUUCAACGUCGCCCUGUAGGGGGCGCCAGAGAGGCGCCGCGCUUGUGGAACCCAUGGGGAGGGGCGCUGGGGGGAGGAGGGCUGUUAAAGGCGGGGGAGAGGGGGCCCGUUGAGCACGGCCAGGGGGGUCAAAAUAUGUUCUGCAUGUUUUAGGCCAUACCCCCUUUUCUCUGCUCCUCUUCCUCUUCCUCCCCUUUUCCCCACCCUCAGCACCUUGCUAUAGGCCAGAGUUUGGGGCCCUGGGAGGAGAAAUACUUGUGAUUGGUAGUGAGCGCCAGAGGCUUUCCCAUAUUCGAGGGGGGGCGGCUGUUCACGACUGCCCUGUGAGAAUACCCUGCGAAACCCCCUGCGGUGUGGGGCAAACACAGCUGACCAAUGCCAGGCCCCCGAUCCAGGCGGGCGUCCAGCCAAUGAGAGAGCAGAGAGUGGGAGGAGGCAGAGACUCGUCACUGAGACGACGUGAAGGGGGUGGGUCCUCCCCUCCCUCUGCGGUUUAGACGCCCCCAACAGGAAACAGGAAGUGGACAGUCCCACAGGACCCUCCAAUGGCUUCCACGUCCCACGCCCGCUCUUCCAGCCGACGCCACGUAUCCGACGGUUACAGAGUUCCUUCCCGCCCCUGCCCCCCUCCCCCAGGGGUUCUACGGCGUCCCGUUUCUACACUUCCACCUCGCUGGGCGUGGGCGUGAGCAGGAUCUCACGGGGCUGGACUGUUGAACUCUCUCUCUCUCUCUCGAAUGUCGUACCACGGUGUGGGAGACUGUAUUUCCCCCCCCCCACUCCUGCUAAUGCCACUGUGUGUCUAAUCUCUGUGUCAAACCGUCACUGUGUGCACCUGGGGGGAUGUGGUUCUCACACGUACUCACAGCCGCACUGUAACUGUACCACCGCUCCACAGCCCUUUUCCCAAAUCCCUCUUUUUAUAUGUACACGGAGCUGCCGGUUUAUUUUCUAAUAAGUUCCUCCAUGUAUAAAUGAAUAAAUUUAAAUACGCAAAAAGGAAAAAGAAGAGAGUUGUACAAUGUGAGACUACACGAAGUGGUUUUUUAGGUGGGAACUUUCCAACAACGUUUAGAAAAAAACUGCCAUCGGCGAAACUUCUUGGCUUUUCCUUUGCAACAUUUUUUUUUUCCUCUAAAUGACACCAUUUCGAUUGGCUCGUCUCCUAUAGGUCAGCUGUGGUCUGUAUUCUUUUCAUCGGUCCAUUGCGUCCACCGCACUGUAAUUACACUCAACACUGGUGAUGGAAUGGUGGGGCAGGGGCUGGGGUUUGGAAAUGUGGGGUCACUUUUGAAGCUUGGUGUUCAUGUCGACGAGUCACGCGGACAUGGGGGGUCUGUGCAGAGAACACAAAGGGAACCCCAACACAUACACGGAGGUUAAACAGACACAAUAAAUAAACACAAAUAGAGAAACUGAGGCACUUUACCGUUAAUAUUUAGUCAUGGAGGACACAGCAAAUGUGGGAAGGGGAAAGGAAAAAAGAAAAGGACUGAAAAGGAUUGUGGAAUAGGAGAGAGGGAGGGGGAGAGGGGGAGGAAGACGGGAGAGGGGCAGGGGGAGAAACUUGCAAUUAGACAUCUCAGGUGUGGGGAAACUUCAGGUGUUUUUUUUUCCCGGAAUGAUCGCUAUAGUGACAGCGAUCUUCCUCACAGAGGAGACAGAAUCUCUGAAGUUCAUAAAGGAACGAACUGAAGGACGAUAACUCAGUGACUUGAAAAAAAAUGCUAUUUUGAACACGCAGUGACACGUUGUGUUUGUGGAUGAGAGUCGUAUGCAGAAUACUGCUGUAUUUUUCUAAAGGGACAGACAGACAGCUGUGUGGAAGGGUUCCAUUCACCUGUGCACGUGCUCCCAAGAUUUGAAAUAUAUAUUUAUAUUUUAUACUGAAUUACAAUUAUGAACUUGUAAUGUAUGGAGGAACAUGAAUACAAAAUGUGUAUACAUACAAUAUAUGAAGUUGUGAUCUAUAUAUAUAUAUAUAUAUAUAUAUAUAUAUAUAUACUGUAAAACUUUAUACUGUAACUGCUUAGAUGACAGUAAAGGCCAUUUCUGAGUCCUGCCUGCUUUUGGCUUUUUGGCUGUUAAUUUUUUUCUGUGUGUUUUAGUUUUAGUCUCUGAAUGGGAGAUGUUGUCAUGGUGACUGAGGAGGAAGGGGCACCUCCAGGAUAGGACCCCUGGUGUAAACGUUAUACUGUGCCACUGUUAGAACACACACUCUGCUGGUGUGAUACCGUGGCAACACAGAUCCUAUAUAUUCACCAGGUGAUUGGCUCUGUGUUUGAGUGUUGAAUGCUCUGUCCCCCUAUUACUGAAAGCAUUCCAUUAAUGCCAAGUCGAAUACUGUAACUAUGGAUGUUUUGUACUGUAAUAUCGCACAAGAAACUCCUCUUGUAAUUUGGCUAGAGGAGCUUUCCAUCAGAUGAGCCUAUAGAUUUUCUGCUAUUGCAAGCUGGUAGACUGACUUAAAAAAAAAAAAAAAAAGAUUUUUAAGCAGAUGCAGUUGUCAUGUACAACUUACAAUGCAGUCCAUACAAUGAUGUAUGGACCACCGGCAUAAUGUAAGAAUUGAUCACACAAGAGAAACAAUUAAACAGUUCCAUAAAUCAGU